AUGAGCACUGAAACAGUAGAGAAAACAUCUGCGCCAACAGAUUCUACAGCCACAAAAGACGCUUCAGUACCUCAAACACAAUCUCAAUCGUCGACCUUCCUAAAUCAAAGUCGCGUCCGACACGAGUGGUAUCAAAAUGAAAACUUUGUUGUUAUCAGUAUUUUUAUAAAGAACGUGAAGAAAGAGACUGUUGAUGUUUAUUUUGCGGAUCGUUCGGUAUCAGUUACUGUCAAAUUGCCUACUGGAUCUGAUUAUUCCUUAGAGAUUGAUCCAUUAGCUCAUGAAAUAUUACCUAAGGAAUGUAAAUAUGAAGUAUUAUCCACUAAAAUUGAAGUUAAGCUUAAAAAGGACAAAGCUGGAAUUAAGUGGGGGGUUCUUGAGGGAGAGGAUACCCUUGCUGGAUCUAUUUCAACAUCUGAUGGCAAGUUAACUUAUCCUUCAUCGGCACGUAACGCGAAAAAUUGGGACAAGUUGGAGAAAGAAAUUAGUAAAGACCAAGAAAAACCGGAAGGUGAAGCUGCGUUGAAUUCAUUGUUUCAGCAACUUUAUAAGGAUGCGGAUGAUGAUACCAAGCGAGCAAUGUUAAAAAGUUAUACAGAGAGUAGUGGUACUUGUCUUAGCACAAAUUGGUCAGAAGUUAGUAAGGGUAAGGUGGAAACAAAACCUCCAGAAGGAAUGAUCGCUAAAAAGUGGGAAGAUUAA